AUGGCAACAAAAGAGUUCGACGAACUCGCCCUCGAUGGGACUAACUAUCCCAUCUGGGCUUCUGAUAUCAAAAUCAAUUUUGCCUCUUGGGGGAUUUUAAAUACAAUUGAGGAACCCAAUGAUGGGGACCCGACAAUUGAGCCCAGGAAGCUCAAUACAGCCCUUUUUCUUUUGAGACUCUACAUUCACAAGGAUCUCAAACAUGAAUACAUGUUAGAGACGAGCCCUCUCAACCUUUGGAAAGCUCUAAAAGAGCGUUAUGAUCAACAAAAGGAACUCAUUUGGCCUGAGACUAAUUAUGAGUGGGUUCAUUUACGCCUACAGGACUUUAAAACUGUGGCAGAAUACAACCGUGCUGUUCAUAACAUUUGUUCCAGGUUGAAGUUUUGCGAACAAGAGCCAACGGAGGCAGAAAAGAUAGAGAAAACUCUAUCAACUAUGCUUCCGGAGGACAGGAUACUGACUCAACAGUAUCGCGCUAACAAUUUCCAGAAACAUUCUCUGCUUAUACAUACAUUGACUCAGGCAGAAAGACACCAUGAGCUUUCUUUAAAGAAUGCCCAACAGCGCCCACCGGGCUCUGCUCCACUGCCUGAGGUGCACUUCAAUGUACAGAAUAAUGCUAAGAAUAAGAAAGGAUUCAAGGGAAAUUCUUCGAAUAAUCCUAAGAAUCUGACUGGAAAGCGCAAACGCAACAACAACAGGCGCAAAUUCAAGAGUCGAAAGAAAGGAAAAGGGAAGGGUAAGGCACCACAACCUCGUAGCAAUGGCAACAAGCAUUGCAACAGGACAAAAAAAUUUUCUGAGAACCCAAGAUUUGAAGCCCACUUCAAUCUUACACAUGAAGAGCGCCCUGAGGUUGCAAGUUCUCACCAGGCUCCUGUUGAACCAGAGAGCAACCCCAAUGUUCUCCCAGAAGAUGUCGCUCCACUCUCUGCGAUGGACGAUAUGUUCAUGUAA